CUCUCUCUCUCUCUCUCUCUCUCUCUCUCUCUCUCUCAGCUUUGGAGAAAAUAGAUUAAAAAAAAAAAAUGAGUUGUUGGGUAUCUUAGAACAAAUUUUCCUCUCCUUGCUUUGCUUGGGUUUUGUUGGAUAGAGAAUGAGGAAGGUUUACACAGUUCAAGUGGAGAGCGGAAGGGCCGGGAAGGACGGGCGGCCGUCGGUCGGCCCGGUCUACCGGAGCGCUCUGGCGAAGGACGGUUUUCCUCCGCCGGAUCCCCGAAUGAGCACCUCAUGGGAUAUCUUCAGUGUGGCAGCAGAGAAGUAUCCGAACAAUAGAAUGCUCGGAUGGCGCGAGUUCGUGAAAGGAAAGCCAGGAUGCUAUAUAUGGAAAACAUACAAGGAAGUCUAUGAGGAAGUGGUUCAAGUUGGUUCCGCUCUGCGGCAGAUGGGCGCUGCACCUGGUUCACGCAUAGGGAUCUACGGAGCAAAUUGCCCUCAAUGGAUAGAAGCAAUGGAGGCUUGCAAUGGAUACAGCUUAAUAUGCGUUCCGCUCUACGAUACUUUGGGGUCAGGGGCUGUUGAUUACAUUUUAGACCAAGCGGAAAUCGACAUUGCUUUUGUUCAGGAUAAGAAAAUGAAAGAAUUACUGUUCUCCGACUGUGCAUCUCUUCGGAGGCUGAAAGUAAUCGUUUCAUUCACUUCGACUACAAUGGAACAAGAGGAAGCUGCAUCUAAAAUCGGAUUGCAAAUUUACUCAUGGAACGAUUUUCUUCGAAUGGGAAAGGAGAAUUUGUGCGAGCCUCUUCCUCCUCGACCUCUUGAUAUAUGCACAAUAAUGUACACAAGUGGAACCAGCGGAAACCCCAAGGGUGUGAUUUUGACCCAUGAGAGCAACGCAAUGUAUGUGAGAGGAGUAGAUCUCUAUAUGGACCUGUUUGACGACAAGAUGACAGUGGAUGAUGUCUACCUCUCCUUUCUCCCCCUCGCUCACAUUCUCGAUCGCAUGCUCGAAGAGUACUUUUUCCAUAAAGGGGCCUCUGUUGGGUACUAUCACGGAGAUAUUAAUGCUUUGAGGGAUGAUCUCAUGGAAUUAAAGCCAACUCUAUUUGCCGGAGUCCCUCGAGUUUUCGAAAGAGUCCAUGAAGGUAUAUUAAAGGCUCUAUCGGAACUCUGGCCGCAUAGAAGGAUGAUAUUUAAUGCUCUGUACAAACAUAAAUUAUCAUGGAUGAGAUCAGGAUAUUCACAUAAAACAGCAUCCCCUCUCGCCGACUUCUUGGCCUUUAGUAAGAUCAAGGCUAGGCUUGGGGGCCGAGUUCGCCUAAUUAUAUCUGGGGGCGCUCCGCUGAAUACUGAGAUUGAGGAGUUCUUGAGAGUCACAAGCUGUGCUUAUGUUACUCAAGGAUAUGGGUUGACGGAGACAUGCGGUUUGAGUUCGAAUGGAGUUCCUGACGAAAUGUCCUUAAUCGGAACUGUCGGAGUGGCCUCUACGUAUACCGAACUGCGGCUAGAAGAAGUGCCCGAGAUGGGUUAUGAUCCGCUCAGUGUCCCUUCCCGCGGUGAAAUAUGCGUCAGAGGGAAAACUCUCUUUUCCGGGUACUACAAGAAUCCCGAACUGACGAAAGAAGUGAUGAUAGAUGGAUGGUUUCACACAGGGGAUAUUGGAGAGAUCUCCCCAGAGGGAGUACUAAAAAUCAUAGAUAGGAAGAAGAACAUAUUCAAGCUAUCUCAUGGGGAAUAUGUUGCAGCAGAGUACCUGGAGAAAGUAUACGGUUACUUGCCGAUUAUCGAAGAUAUCUGGGUUUACGGGGACAGCUAUCGAUCCAUGUUAGUUGCGGUGGUUGCACCGCAUGAAGAUAAUACUAUGAAAUGGGCAGAGUCGAACGGCCACAAGGGAUCAUUUUACGACAUUUGUGCACUAGAGGAGCUUAAGAUUUACAUUCUUCAGGAGUUGAAGGCACUUGCAGAGAAAAAUAAGCUAAGAGGUUUCGAGUGCAUUAAAGGCGUUGUCGUGGAUCCGGUGCCUUUCAACGUUGAAAGGGAUUUGAUGACUCCGACUAUGAAGAAGAAAAGAUCCCAGAUGUUCAAACACUAUCAGUCGGAGAUCGAGAAACUCUACAAGAAUCUUGCAGAAAGGCGAGGAGAUAAUAAUAAAGUUAGAAAUGUAUGAUAAUUGGAUUGCAUUGUAUGUAAUGUGUUAAAUGGACAAAAUGCAUUAUUGUAUAUGAUACCUACUUAAAACUAUGGCCCUAAGAUCCUUUUAAGGCAAUAAAAUUAGAACUACUUAUUGCUA